GGCACAGGGACGGGCGCACACAGAGCGGGCGGGCGGGCAUGCGCACGCCACCGUCUACGUCGUAGUGAAAGAAGCUGCGCUGCUUGGUCCAAAGGGCGGGGCUUUCAGUCAAAGUACACAAGCUACUCAGUGAAGAGAGAAUUCUGCUGGAGGGAAUGGCUGCCUCCUCAUCCUCGUCGUCAGCUGGCGGGGUCAGUGGGAGCUCUGUCACUGGUUCUGGCUUCAGCGUUUCAGACCUUGCCCCACCGCGGAAAGCUCUGUUCACCUACCCUAAAGGAGCCGGAGAGAUGUUAGAAGACGGCUCUGAGAGGUUCCUCUGUGAGUCGGUGUUUAGCUAUCAGGUGGCGUCCACGCUUAAACAGGUGAAGCAUGAUCAGCAAGUUGCUCGGAUGGAAAAACUGGCUGGCUUGGUGGAAGAGCUGGAGGCUGAUGAGUGGCGGUUUAAACCCAUCGAGCAGCUGCUGGGGUUCACGCCCUCUUCGGGUUGAUGUCGCCUGCGUGGUCGCUCCUAGGGCACAGCCACCCAGAGAUUCACAGCUGUACUAUGAGCUGCAUGUCUGAAUUCACAUCCUAACUCGGUUCCUCUGUUUCUAUUAUCAGGCCACAAAUGCUCAUGUGAGAUGUUACUGAGAAGUCUUUCACACGUUUGCUUCUGAAAGUAUUGGGAGGCAAGUGCAGGAGGAUCUCUGUGAGUUCGAGGCUAGCCCGAUCUACAUAAAGUUCCAGGACAGCCAGGGCUACAUAGAGAGACCCUGUCUCAAAAAUAAGAAAAGUAGCUGGGUAGUGGUGGUGCACGCCUUUAAUCCCAGCACUCGGGAGGCAGAGGCAGGCGGAUCUCUGUCAGUUCGAGACCAGCCUGGUCUACAAGAACUAGUUCCAGGACAGGCCCCAAAAACUACAGAGAAACCCUGUCUCGAAAAUAAAAAAAUAAAAGUAAAAAAUAAAGUAUUGUGGAUCAGAUUAAGGCAGUCCUCUUAGGGAAACAGGAGGGUUGGGAUUUCAGAGAUAGUGAUACAAGUCUCCCAAGCCAGACACAUGCCAGAGUUCGCCAACUGAUGGCAUGCGUCCUGUCAUUCAUAGAGCACCUGGAAGCUUUCUCCAGUCAAACCCAAGGUCAGGAUCCGUAGUCUCAUGGUUAUGGCCCAAACAUUUCUUAUCACAGAUGAGUAUGAUUUCAGCUCAGGGUCUAUCCAGAUGGGGGAUUUUAAGGUGUUCUUUCUCCCUCUAUUCUUAGACAUUUAAAUGUUACAGAUUAUUUUUCUCGCCUCUUAUGAUAUGCUAAAUGGUGCUACCCCACCCCAUCCCUGCACCCUAAAAUUGUUUUUUUAAUUUUGUAGCACUUGAAAAAAUAAAGUGACCUAAUUCCUUUUAGAUCCAGAAAUCUUUAGUCCAACUCAUUGGGGAUAGUCUGAAGCCAAUGAGCCUGUAAGAGUUCCAGAUUGGCACACUUGCCCUUUCAAAGUCCGAGGGAUUUGGGACAGAGAAAGAGGUCAGAUUACUUUCGUGUUAGAAUCUAAAGUCAUUUCUCUUAAGUAAACAGAUUUGCUUUGCUUCCAAGCUGUUUGCUGAUACAGUGUCCACACUUCUGCCGCCUCAGUAGGUAGGAUUGAUUCUUCCGUUUGUUUGGAUCCUUGUCUCGCUCUCUAACGAGGCUGGCCUCAAACUCAUAGCAGUCCCCCUGCCUCAGCCUACUAAAUGUUAGGAUUACCCUCCUCUCUUCACUAGGUUUUUACCCUAUGGUAGAGGAAAAACCUGGAAGAUAAAGAGGUUGGUUUUGUGCCUAAUCAUGGGACCCCACACUUAACAAUUAGGCGGAUUACUAUUUUACGUACAGGUUUGCCCUAGCCAGCGUUUACCUUUCUGCUCAUCAAUUGAUAAUUUGCACCUGAUCUGCUUAGAGUUGCUAAAUUAUAAAUUUAAUCCUAGCAGCAAUUGG